AUGUCGGCGGCAGCAGAGAGAGCUGCUCCCCCUGCGGACCCGGCUGCACCGGAGCCCCCCCCGCCCGGCCCCCCGCCCGGCCCCCCGCUGGGCUCCGGUGCAGCCGGGGAGCGGGACGCACGAGCCCCGGUGCCGAUGAACCUGUUCGCAACCUGGGAGGUAGACCGGUCAUCUCCGAGCUGCGUGCCCAGGCUGUGUAGUCUGACUCUGAAGAAGCUCCUGGUUCUGAGGGAGUUGGACCGAGAGCUCAGCUCCGUCGUCAUCGCUGUGAAGAUCCAGGGCUCCAGAAGAACUCUGAGGUCCAACGAGUAUCUUCUCCCUCCAGACGGCAUCAUGGCAACUGACCUGGAGCUCACCUUCUCACUGCAGUAUCCUCACUUCCUGAAGCGAGAUGCUAAUCGUCUCCAUGUGAUGCUUCAGAGGAAGAAAAGAUACAAGAACCGAACCAUCCGGGGCUUCAGGACUCUGGCAGUGGGAGUCAUCAACAUGGACGAGGUGAUGCAGCAUCCGACUGACAGAACCCACAUCCUCGGUCUCCAUGGCAGCCUGAAGAACGUCUCCGUGCGGUGGGCGGAGCUGAGCGUCCUCUCUGUCUCCAGCCAGCCAAUCGAACUGGAGGAGACAAGUGGUCCCCAUGGCAGCAUCACCAAGGCCCUGGAUCACUACUGGGAGGACGAUGAUGACAGCUUCUCCUCUGAACAGGAAGGAAGUGAUGAUGCGGUCCCGCCUCAGGACAUGUAUGAUGAUGAUGACGAUGUUCAGGGAAAGAUGAAGAAGUCACGUGGGAAAAUGAUCCGAACAAGCUCCCUGACGCAUCAACCGAACUUCAAGCAGAAGUUUGUGGCUCUGAUGAAAAGAUUCAAAGUGACGGACGAGGUCCUGGACCCGGUGGGUCAGAGUCAGGAGGUCCAGGAGGAUCUGGACCUCCUGUACGACAGCCUGGAGCUUUACAACCCGAGUGACAGUGGCCCCGAGCUGGACGACAAUGAGAGCCUCCAGAGCACCCCCAAACCAAAGCUGAAGCCGUUCUUCGAGGGCGUUUCUCAGUCGCCCUCUCGGACGGAGAUGAUGAGUCAGAGGAGUCUCCAGAGGGAACCGCCUGCCGCCGUGACAGAGCUACUGUUUCCUGCUCAGGGGUCUGGAGGAGAAGAGGCCGGCCCUGGGGAAGGAGAGGAUGAUGCUGCCGUGGGAACAGACACAGGGCCGGCUGCAAAACUGUGUGAAACUGAGUCCCAGACACACAUGUCCCUGAGUAAGACAGGAAGUCAAACCUCUCGCCAUCCGUGGAGUGUCUCCAUAAAGGACAGACAGAACUCCAGAGGGACAGACAGAACCGGCAGCGUGGACAGUGAGACGUCCUCAGACUGUAGGACAGCUGCUCUGCAGGUUGCCAGGAAGUCGGUCUUGGAUCAACUGAACCACAUCCUGUUCUCUGAAGACCAGUUUCCCGACUGUGUGGUUCUGAUCAACACCACCGACUGGCAGGGACAGUAUCUUUCAGAGCAUCUCUUGGGUCAACCUGUCGUCUGCACCGUCUCAGCAGCUGAUGUCCACGCCGCCUUCAGCGCCAUCAUCAGCCGCAUCCAGAGGUUCUGUAACUGUAACUCCCAGCCGCCGCCCACGGUGAAGGUGGUGGUGGGCGGAGACCAGAGUUACCUCAGCACCGUCCUCAGCUGCUUUGUGGAGCAGCUGGCCAGCAAGACGCCUGAUUGGCUAAACUAUGUCCGCUUCCUCAUCCUGCCCAUGGGAGCCCACCCACUUGCCAAGUACCUGUCGUCCCUGGACGGUAAAUUCAACAGCCUGUUCAUGGACGCAGGCUGGAGGGAGCUGUUCGGACGUCUGGAGGCCCCGCCCCUCGAUCCGGUGGAUGUCUCAGCUCGAGUGUCCCGGUACCUGAGCGGAGCGUCUGUCUCUCACCUGUGUCCCGUCUCUGAGGCGAUGCUCACCUGUAAACACAAGAGCCCAGACGACGACUCCUAUCAGAAGUUUGUUCCUUUCAUCGGGCUGGUGAAGGUCGGCAUCGUGGAGCACAACUUCCUGUCCACCUCAGUCGACUCUGAUGACAUCAUACUGGGGUCUCCUCCCACCCAAUCAGGAGCACCGAUCAGCAUCACCUCCACACCUCCCCCCUCCCCUUCCAACAGCUGUUCGGGGGAGGUGAUGGGUCUGCAGGUCGACUACUGGAGCAGUCAGGGGGGAGGAGGGGGGAGGAAGGAGGGCGGGGUGAAGAACACGCUGAAGAGCAACUUCCGCUCGCUGCAGGUGUCGAGGAUCAGCGGAGGAGAACUGAUGAGUCUGACGGUGGUGAUGAAAGAGAAGAACAAGAAAGUCAUGUUCCUUAGUAAGAAGACGAAGGAGAAGGAGGCGGAGUCUAGGAGUCAGGUGAUUGAAGGAAUCAGCCGUUUGAUCUGUACAUCGAAACACCAACACACACUGAGAGACCACCUGACCGUCUGUGUCCCAGUCUCCAUAGACGGGGUGGAGUGGAACGAUGUGAAGUUCUUCCAGCUCGCCGCCCAGUGGCCGACGCACGUCAAACACUUUCCUGUUGGAAUCUUCAUCUGAUCCUCGCUCUCCCUCCUCAUCCUCACCUCAUCAACCUUCAGCAGCAGAACCUUCUCUGUGAUCUUCAUCCCAUCAUGGUGGAACAAACAUAUCUGUAACUUGUAAGUUACUUCAAAGAAUAAUUGACAUUAUAAAAAGAAUAUGUAAAACUUCCUGUAAAUACUGUACAUUUUCAGAUCAGAGAUAAUAAUGUUCGUGGAUUUGAUUUAAUUGACUUGUCUGGACCAACCAGCAGGAGAGAAGGUUAUUGUAAAUUGAGUUUGGAUCAAAGGUCCCAGACACUUGUGUCCCUCACACCAUGUGAGUGGGAUCUAAAGGAGGCAGUGGUGGAGGAAGUACUGAGGUUUAGUACUUAAGUAAAAGUACAAGUAUCCAGGAAGAUCUAUACUUAAGUAAAAGUAAAAGUACUACAUCAACAAUCCUACUUAAGUAAAAGUAAAAAGUACUUACUUUUAAAUUUACUUUAAGUAUUAAAAGUAAAAGUACUCACGCAAUGGGUUGCCUCUCAAUGUCUAGGCUGUGCCAUUUUGAUAAAGAAUGCAGAUAUAGCUACUGGUAAUACUCAUGCCUCUACAGAUGUCACUACUAGUAAUAAUUAUAAGCAACAACAUUUGUUUAUUGGAAAGGUUGGUGUACUUAUUGUGCUUAACCUCUGUAAUACUGUUCACACUCUAUCUUACAAUUCUGCGGAUGACAAGUUAUCUACCAGGGAUUAUCUGCAAAGUUAAUACCAUCAAGCCAAACCAAUAAAGACAACAUGUUAUAUCUUAUAUCUUUUAUAUUUAAUUGUUAACGUGUAAAAAAUGGAAACAUGGAACAUGAAGAAAAACUGUAAAACUGGUCAGAACAAGGCAGAUCUUAGAAUGAGAAAUUUAAAAUGAAGGACCUUGAAAUGAAAAUUUGACCAUUGGUCAGGCACCAAAAAUAUUCAUCUUUUGAAUAUUUUGAAAUGGUUUAGACGGAAGGAGAAAUGUUAUACUUUUAUUCUGAAAAGGUAGUUCCUGAAAAACGAAAAGAUCGCUAAAUGGCAGGUGUUCCUCGUUGUUGCAUCAAACGCAUUACUUUUAGUUGUUUAGCACCUGGCUGAUAAAGGCACAAGGUUUGUGGUUAUUUCGUUACUUGUUGUCUUUAUUAUAAACAUAAUUCUAAACGUCUUUUUGCGGUGUAAGGACACGUGAGUGUGUGUGUGUGUGUGCUCGUUUAAACUUCCAAAACAGCAACGCAAUCCAUAUUUCCCGAAACUGUGUUCAUAAAAUGUAACGAGUAACGACACACAUUGUAGAAAUGUAGUGGAGUAAAAGUAUAGAUAAUAGCUGCAAAAUGUAACGGAGUAAAAGUAAAAAGUAUGCACUAUUAUUUUUACUUAAGUAAAGUACAGAUACGUAAAAAUUUACUUAAGUACAGUAACGAAGUAAAAAUACUUUGUUACAUUCCAGGACAGUUCAUGUUGUCCACUCUGACAACAGGACAUGAGGCUGGACGUCUGAGAGACUCUAUAGGUGUGUGUUGUUAGUGAAGGACUGUUGUGUUUUCCUUACAGGUCGGAUGAAGAUGAUAUUCUAUUUUAACAUAAAGAUCUUUUUAA